AUGUAUAGAGAGUUUGUGAGAGCGGUGUACGGGCUGCUGCGUGAACAAAUAUCAAACAAAGAUGAGAAAAGGAGUGAGAAUAUAAGCAUGGAGACAGGAAAGAAAGCACAGAAGGUGUUUGACAGUCUAUUCAUUAAACAGGACUCAGCCGAGCUGCCUAGCAAAGUGAAAUAUACUGAGGAUUUUAGAUUGGUUGAACAUAAAUUGAAUGAUGAACUACAGCCAAUACCAUAUUUUGAGAGUGAAAAAUUACCUAUUUAUGAUGAUGAUUCUCCAGACAGCCAUAAUGUCUUUUUACAGGAAUAUAUGCCAUUAUAUAAUCGAAAAACAGACGAGUUUAUUAAUGAUAAAUUGAGCGAGAAUGACAUUGUUAUUGAGCCUGCUCUUCUAUUUUUGUUCUUUUUAUUUGCAUUUGAUUCUAGCACUGGGAGGUACGAUAUAAGCCACAUGCCCAAUCCAUCGAAAGAACUAAAGAGAUUCUUUGCUAAGUAUAGCGAUCCAUUGCAGGUUAUGGACUAUACUAUGUACAGAGAGUGGCACAGGGUUGUAAAGGACCUACCCAAUAAAGACAUUUCCUACCGUUUACAUUCAUCUGACAGCAGAAAUGAAAUUCAAUUUGGUAUACUAAACAUGAUAUAUGUUAUGAGAGAAAUAGCAGGUAAGAAUGACACUAAAAUUAAUGAAAAUAUUGAAUCUAUAAAAAUUAUUAUAAAUAACUGGAAUAAAGAUUCCGAUUCAGAUAAAAAUAAGCUUUUAAUGGGUAUACAAAAAAUAUGGAUCUCACUCUCAAAAAACAAGAAAAUUAAAACACAGUGUAAUAAAAUUUUUACAAAAAGAUUAGAAAAUAACAUAAUAGAUAUAGGUAUGUAUUCAAAUUCGCCUUUAAAGAUUAUAUAUAAAAAGAAGGAGGAAGACCCGGGUUCUAUUGUAAUAGAGAUGGAUGAUUUUAGUAGUUAUGCUUGUUGGUUUCUAUCGUAUGAGAGGAACCAUAUUCCAUGUGGGAGCCUCACGCCCACAUCCGUGAAGUCUUAUAGAGUUGCAUAA